UAUGACGGCAAUUGUAUCUCUCUUAAACACGAUGUUAUUUUCUUGAAACCGGAAGUCCGGGAAGGGAUCAAAGUUAGCUGGGGGGUGGGUGACGAUUGCUUUUACUACACGUAUUUCUGACUACACCUGUCUGCUUCAUUGAAUGAGGUUUAGCAAAGAAAGUGGCAUCUGUUUUGGUCCCAAAUAUUAUUUAAAACACGGCGCAAAAGUUGAACUGUAUAUAAGAAACCCAAUUUCACAGAACUGCAGUUUAACGGCAACGAGCUGGCGCAGGUCGUGGGGUGCCCGUGGACCAUGAGGGAUAGCGGUAGCAGCCUAGCACAGAACCGCUGGCAGGGGGACCUGGGUCUGGCCGUGGGCCCGGAGGACACUGGAGGUGUCGGGAUCUCUGGCGGUCACCUAGGGAUGGACCCCACCUCCACCCACCAGAUGCCCAGCCCUAUGCACCUUAAACUGGGCCAGAAAGAAAGGGCGGCCUGGGAGGCCGAGUACAUGGAGGAGAUGGAACGGGAAGAGAGAGAGGAUGAGAGGAAGGGGGAAAACAACGUGGAUGAGGAGGAAGAGGAUGGUGAUUUUGAGGCAGAGGGUUGGGACGAGGAGGAAGAUGAAGAGGCAGAGGUUGAAUGGGAGGUCCCACACAUGGUCCCCACUGCAUCCUUACAAGAGCAGAAUCAUCACCAGCUGCAAGCAUCACUGGAUGGCGAGGACCAGGACAACAGCCUGGCCAAACCUGAAGCUGGGGACGUUACGAGCGCCCCUGUCCAGUCCAGGCUCAACGGGCUCCGGCAGCGCAGGCUAAAGCGCUGGCGAAAGCUCCGCUCCCAUGCCGGCCUGCGGUUCCGCCUUACUCAGCAUUGGAAGACCUGGCGUCAGAGGGCCCUGUGGGUUGGCACCCUGGGGCAUCGGAGGGCAAGGAGGUGGCGCCAAUACAGCCUCUACGCCAACCGGCAGAGGAAGGGAUCGGACCCAGGCUUAAACAGCAGCCCGCCAUCAGACAAUGAGCGGUUGAAUGGGUCGGAAAGAGACAACUGGCUGAAUGGUUACUCUGGAGAAUACCAGUCUAGUCACAUGGGAGGUACGGGGGAUAAAGGCAAGAGGGAGCUAGAUGCCUCCUCCUACUUCAGCGUCAGAGAGAAACCUUUGGAGGUCGCCCUCACUGAGGAACACAUCAGCUGUGUGCAUGGGAUCUUAGACGAGUCCCUGCAGAAGUAUGGCAGUCUGAUCCCUAUCAACGCUGACGACGUGGUGGAGAAACUGCAGGGCAUCUUCAACGACAACUUCUCACAGCCUCACAGGAAAGCCGUGGUGCAACAUCUAAUCCAAUCCUACCAGAGGUCGUCUGGCACAGCCAUGGUGCGAGGCUUCCGUGUGAACUACAAACGUCACGUUCUCACCAUGGAUGACCUCAGCACGCUGUAUGGACAGAACUGGCUCAACGACCAGGUCAUGAACAUGUAUGGAGACCUUGUGAUGGACUCUGUGCCAGAGAAGGUUCACUUCUUCAACAGUUUCUUCUAUGACAAGUUGAGGACGAAAGGCUAUGAUGGAGUCAAAAGAUGGACAAAGAAUGUGAACAUCUUCCAGAAGGAUCUGCUGUUGAUCCCCAUCCACCUGGAGGUCCACUGGUCCCUGGUCAGCGUGGACAUCCCCCGCAGAGCCAUCACCUACUUUGACUCCCAGCGCACACUCAACCGACGCUGCCCAAAGCAUAUUGCAAAGUACCUGCAAGCUGAAGCUGUCAAGAAAGACCAGAGAGAUUUCCUUAAAGGUUGGAAAGGAUUUUUCAAAAUGAAUGUGGGCCGCCAGAACAACGACAGCGACUGCGGAGCAUUUGUUCUUCAGUACUGCAAGACUCUGGCCCUUGGUCAGCAGUUCAAUUUUGGUCAGCAGGACAUGCCCAAACUGAGGAGACUCAUGUACAAAGAACUGUGUCACUGCAAGCUCUCGCCCUGAUGCCACGCCCUCUGAAGAUUUUUAGCGAGGAAGCGGCGGAUUCUAACGUGGAGGCAACAGGAUGGUUCCAGCGAGCCAUUUUGAAUGAGCUAGUGAGAGAAAGGAGAAAAACAAAAAAUAAGAACUUUUCGAAGGAACAUUUUUUUUUCUCUUGACGACGACGAUAUCCAGAGACUUUACUACUUUACUACUAAAACUACUUCUCCUGUGUUUCUUCCCUCUUAUUCUGUUCUUCUUCUCUGUCCCUUUUACCUUGUUUUUAUUUCAUGUUUCCCUUUUUUUUUUUUCUUGUGUCGACAGAGGCCAUGUCUAAAGCCAAGCCACAUGCACCCCGUUCACUGUAUAGUACGCUACUUUGACCCUGGUCAGAUUAAGUACACUAUGCCAGUAAUCGGGUGCCAUUUCGAAUACUAAAACAAAGCAAAUAUAAAAAAAAAAAAAAAAUAGACUUGACACCUCAUUGACUCGACCACCCUAAACUGAAAUGCUGAAAAAGUUAUUUUUCACUUUUUAUGUUCUUGCUUUUUCUUCUCUGUCAGUAAAAAAAGUGUUGCUAAGCUUACCGUUGGUGUUUUUGGAGGGCAGUGAUGAUUAUGUUUCAUAUUUUUAUUAAAAUAAAAAUAUCUUACCAAGUCA